UUCUUCUGUCUUCAUAAAGUUUUCAUACGACAACAGGAAAGGACGCGUUUCUUUUCGUGUGAUAGUAUUUUUUUUGGUCACUAUUCGUCAUCUGCGAAAAAGAAGUGUUAUAUCGGAAGCAAAUUGUACGCUGAUAACUUCCUUGAGCAGGGAGCUUGUUUCAGUGGUAGGAUUAGCUUAGCGGGUCCCAACUGGACGCCUUGAAUGGUGCAACGUAAUUUGGGAGCGCCUUCGGAAAAAAAGAUUCAGUGCGGCUCGUCUUCCACGGGACAGUUUGGCAUUUGUAGCUUGCAAGACAAGCAGGCAGGCACACUGUGAAAAAAAACAUACAGAAAGGUUUAGAGAAUGAGUUCGAUCAGCAAAAUUCACUUCAACAGUUCGACCGGCGUUUCGCUAAACGACCGGUUUACAAUCAUGUCGAAAGUGAGCCCAUCGGAGAAGUCAUACAGCCGGAACGAACGAACUGCUGCCGGGCGGAAUUCCAGCGGAGGAGGAGCCAUUCAUCGCAAUCGUUCAAAUUCUAUGGACUCGCUUAAUUCGCGCGGGUCGCUUGCAAAUCGUCAAUUGUUGGGCCAGCUGGAAAGACGUCAUACCGGGCAGAGCGCGGCGUUGAGGUUGAGAAAUACAAAUAUUCGUUCCGGUCGGCAGAGAUUAAAUCGUAGUAAUAUCUCAUCUCGAAGCAAUAUCAGCUCGCGCGUUCAGCUUAGGCGAGCUGCCGGGAAUACAUUAUCACUCUCGGGAGGAUCGUGGCGAUUGCAGCGUUCGAAUAGUCUGUCGGAUAUUGCCACAAUGAACGCCGAUUUUGUUGAACGACAGGGAUUGCGUCGAUCUAACUCCCAGCUGAGUAUUGCAUCAAGACUGGGCAGACCACGCAGUAGCUCUCGAGGACCACGUCGUCCUCUCCAGCGUACAAACUCGUCCAGCAAUCUUGUGCGCUCCAGAUCUCGUGGACGGUCUCGUUCAAAUUCACGUUCCCGUACCCGUCUACCACGUUCGCGCUCCAGAGGAAAUCUUACUCAACCAGACAGAUCUCGCAGUGUGGGACUUAACUCUGGGAGAGGUCGUCCGCGAGGGCGCCCGACCGCUAGACGUACGGGCAGCCGCGGUAAUGGUACACUCGUACGAUCUAGCUCACGUUCGAAUCUCCGCUCGGGAAGUGUCAACAAUCGGUUCGGUACAAACCGUACUAAUCGCCCCCUCACGAAUAGUACCCGCGGAGGUCGCGGACGUAUUGCUAAACGUGGCCAACGACGGGGAGGUGCGUUUGGUCAGAACGGAACCGGUGGAAGACCCGGACGAACCCUUCAGAGAGGAAGAGGAAGAGGUGGUGCGAAACCUUCGGCAGCUGCAGCCGCCAGCGGAUCACGCCGUGGUCGCUCUCGCUCCCGGGGAAGAUCACAAUCACAAAGCCGUGCACGGAGUGGCCAACGCGGUCGCAAUGCGUCCCAAACACGCAGAGCGUCAGCGCCGACCAAGAGCAAGGACGAAUUGGACAAGGAAUUGGAUCAGUACAUGGCUAACACGAAAUCAUCGCUGGACAAGGAGAUGGACGAGUACAUGAACGGGAUUCACAGCUCCGCUUAGGAACAGCAAACCGACGAACCUUCUGUUUUGAUGUCCUGAUGCUGGUUGGAAGGACCGAGGAAGCAUGUUUUAAGAUUUGCAGAACUAUAAAAGCUAAUCAUGUGAAUCACUAACGCAAAAGUAACUAAACUACUAAACUGUAGACUGUAAGAAUAGUUUAUUUGGUUUUGUACUGAAGAACACAAACACUUGAACCUGAUCACAUUGAAAGCUGAAUUUGAGGAACUAUAAUUUUAACCUUUUAUCCUCGAUCGAUGUCGAGUGAAUUUCAAAUGUAUAUAAGUAAUAAUUGCUAUAAAAAGCAAUGAUAAGAAGGAAUAAAUCUGUUUUUUAUGACUGAA